CACCCCUACUCCUCAGCAAGUGCGUCUGGCAAACAAUGUUUUAAAACUCUGCUCAGUCCCCUCGCCAACACAUUUCUCCCCGUUUCGCUAUUGUACCUUUCAACACAAAGUUUUGGUGUGUAAAGCUAAGAGGACUGAGUACAAAUAACACACGACUGAGGUGGCAUUGCAGCUGAACAACUUUGCACUGUUUAGAGACGCAUUUUGCGAACAUACAUAACUUCCCAACACUAACAAACAGAAUACGUUCUCUCAAAGUGCUUUACACACCACGCAGUUGAACAAGCUUCAUUUCAUUUUAGUUUAAACUUGAUGUUUUAAAAUACUUAUCCCCGCUUUGCAGUCCUUGAGUAAACUGCAAAACAUACCACUUCAGGGUUUUUCUCGAAAACUUUAAAAGCAGGGCACAAGGGUCUCUAGUCACAAUUUGUUUCAUCAAGACUAUAGCCUCUCAGUUGUGAGCGAUUCUUCCAUUCACUCAAACUCAAGCCAUGAAGAUCUUUAUUUUGCUGAGCCUUUCUGUCACUCUCACUUUGGGAUGUUCAAAUCUUCCUGAACUUGCAGCUUGCAACAGAGAGGGGGGGGACUGCAGCUGUCAAACCGGCUUGUCCUGUGUUCUGACCAAAAAGUUGAUCUACCAAGGACAAAUGACAGACGUCAAACAGUGCAUGCCAGAGGGGAUGGAGAUUGAAGUGGAAACAGUCGAUCUUGACGAGGAAGGUGCCGUUACUCACAUGAAGAAGAAACGCUUUUUGUUUAAUGGACUCCUUAAGAGAUGCACAACUCAAACUGACUGCGGAGAAGACCAGUGUUGUUUGUUCAACAAAAGGUGCGCUCCAAAACUUCGGAAGUACUUCACAUGUUAUUUAACGCACCUUCACAAGUGCGGUUGCCUUGAUGGCCUGGUUUGUACCGAAACAGCCUCCUUCACCAUUCCUCUGACUGGGAUCAGGGUUGCCCUGAGGCAGUGCAUGUAACUCGUACCAGCCUCUUGAUCGAAACAAAGUAAUCAUCAGAUGGGAAGACAAAACUAGACAUGUAACGCUUAGAAGCAUUUAAGUGAAUGAAAUAAAGAAAGUCUUCAAAAUGA